AUGAGACGCCGUGUUCCAAAAGCUUCGUGGUUUUUCUGCUGUUGAUAUUGUUGUUUUGUUUCACGCUGGCAUAUCAUCUUAUGCUCGAGAUUAUAAUAUCAAGCCAUGGAGUAAUCGAAAAAAAAGCCUGAAAAUAUUGAUUUUGACGCUAUAAGAAUAAAAGCUGAGAUUAUAAGACUGACUGAAGAUAUAUAACAAGAAUUAAUAUUUGGGCAACAUGAUGAUUGAUUGGUUGCUGAUUGGAUACGGCGUGCUUGGUGGAAUUGCAGCCAUCAUACUGCCCAAGUGCAUCUUGUGCUGCAUCGGCUUCACAUGCUGCGGCGUCAGGAAACAUUCUGCUGCUUCGUUUUCACACAGCAGUAUUGGCGACGUUGAGAGGGGAAGUUGUUUCGCCAUGUGCCAAAGUGUAGGAGCUUCCGGCUUCCCGUGCUGCAUCAACUUCAUGCUUUUCGUUCUGGGAUUUACCACGACAGUCUUCUUGAUCUAUAUGGAAUCUUCUGGUGGCUUCAGUCCUGAUUCUGGAAAUUUCACUACAGAUGGAAACGUUACAAUGAUGUAUUCAACACAUCUACUUCAAACUACUCCUCUUGCGUGAAUGGUUUGGUGAAUACUAUGCAUGAUGAACAUGAAGUGUAGAAUUCAACAUGAAUGCUGUUCAGUAUUCUCCGUGACUAUUCAUUUGAUGUGUUUUGCUGCUGAAGUGUUUUGUUAUAUUCAGUGUUUUUUCUGUCUCUACUAGACUACCAGCUAAUGGGACUCACUCACUACAACUCACUUGUUAUUUGAGAUUAGUCAGUUACAUUUUUUUUUUCGUAUUUUCGAAUAACGUGAUAGACGUGCGAAUGUUAUGCUGUUCAUGAUGAGCAUGAAGAGUUGAACUCAGCAUGAAUCCUGUUCAAUAUCUUCCAUAGUUAUUCAUUUGGUGUAUUUUGAUACUGAAGUGUUUUGUAAUUUAUAUUCAGUGCUUAUCUGUCUCUAACAGAAUACCGACUAAUUGGAAUUACCUGUUAUAUGAGAUUAGUCAGUUGCAAACAUUUUUUUUUUUUUUCAUAUUUUCGUAUAACAUAGUAAACGUGCGAGUAGCAUAGUAUCACUUUAAAAGUGAAGAUAUAAUUUGUCGCUGCAUGUUAUUUGCAGAAGCCACCGAUUACUUUUUCUAAAUGGAAUCAAUUUUUGUUGCUGCGUGACACCCGCCGAGUAAUUCAUUUCGAGAUCCCAUUUGCCUCUAUAUGAAUCCGCUGUAACCUGUCGUACUUAAAAGUCAGAUUUUUUAAAAAAUUAAUUAUUAAUUUAUGAUAGAAUGUUAAUAUGAUUUGUUGUGGCAUAAAAUAACAAAAAUCACUUUAUAAAGUUGUUCUAUAUAAAAUAUUUAUCGAGUGCAAGAGAUAUUCAUUGUAUACUAAUUUUCUGCAAAAUUUUAAAUGACCCGUUUGAUUGUCCUGAAAUGCAAAGCUGUUUUCGCUUUUCUAUUCCGGGUAAAACUUGGAGAGGCAUAAGAUGAUUUCGGAAUAUAUUUGCUAAAUCUGAAAAAUUU